AUUUCCCGGGAUUUUUUUCUCGAUCAUGAAUAUUCAGAAGAUUAUUCCUCUUCUUGGUAUUACGAGUGAUAAUUCCUGCCGUUUGUGUGAUAUAAAAAACUUUUUUGAUCUUUUAUUUUCGUCCUGUUGGCAAUGAACCCUCCUAAGCGUGUGCAGGUGUGAAUAGUUAUACGAAUUGCUAUUGUUUGUCAACUGUUUCUCCUCUGUUUCCCCUCUAUUGAUGACAACCGAUGACGAAAUGGCCUAUUGAUAACUUUAUAAAACCAGAAAUUCGACAGGAGAUUGAUGUGCAGUUGAUCAAAAAUAUUGUUCGGUUCGUAUAGAUUCAAAAAUGGCCAAAGUGGCUAAAGCUCCUGCUGAGGAUAUGGAACUUGACUUUGAGGCUUUUUCGAAAUUGGAUAUAUCCAAAGACCAACUGAAAAUGUUGAAGCAGAUAUUUGAUUCAUUCGAUCUCGAACAAAAAGGAGAAAUUUCUGUGGACAUGAUUGGUCAGAUUCUUGACAUGCUGGGACAUAGAUUGACAGCAGAGGAAUUGCAGGCAAUAGUCAAAGAAAUUGAUGAAGAUGGAAAUGGUGUGAUGAGUUUUGAAGAAUUCGCUCAUUUAGCUGCUAGAUUUCUAGUUGAAGAAGAGGAAGAUACUGAGGCUAUCCUGAGAGAGUUGAAAGAUGCUUUCAGAUUAUAUGACAAAGAAGGGCUAGGGUACAUUGGUGUAGAUCUACUGAGAGAUAUACUGAGAGAAUUGGAGCCAAAUCUAACACCAGCUGACCUCAACGAAAUGAUCAAAGAAAUUGAUACUGAUAACUCUGGGACAGUUGAUUGGGAAGAGUUCAAAGCCAUGAUGAUUGGAUGAAUUGCUGUGAUGGUUGUUUAUGAUAUAUAAUUUAUUGUAUUUUGAUUAUGUCAAAUCCAUAAAGGAAUAAAUGAAAUAAAGAGAUACAUUGCCUGAAAAAUGUUGUAUACAUGGGUGCACUUGCACCUCCCUGGCGAAAAAAAAUAUAUUGAAAAGAUUGAGAAUUUGUUCAAUUAAGUAUGAAUGUAUGAAUGAGAACUCUAAGGUCCUAUAGGUUGUUGAUGUGCAACAAGCACAUGUUUGCACUAAAUU